UAGAUGCCAAACCGAGAUGUUCCUUCACGCAGCUCGCGGGAGGACCGUGCGGGAUGCGCGCGCGGGAUCACGCAUGCAAGCAGGAGAAAUCACUUCGGAGGCAGCGCACGUGCCGGCGGUGAGCUUUAAUGCGACGAGCUCAUUUUCCACACGCGUUCUUUUUUUGUGGCAAAAACCUUAAAACGCACAACUCUGUUCCUGGAACGAGAACUUCAGUGAACAGGUAUGACACUCUGCAGUCACCCAGCAGCGGUGAAGGAGCAUCCAGAUCAUCUUCCCACACUGAAGCAUCAUGAUGUCCAGAGCAUCUCUCUCCAUUCUAGCCCUGCUGCUCGGCUUCUCGCAAGCUCUCUAUCUCACCCAACCUGAGCAGGAGGACUUCACAUCAAAGAUUCUCGACGUCAACCACGGAUUCAGUGAACCGUUGUUGGAAGGAGACAUACUCCUGAAAAGAAGCAGGACUGCUGUGAUCUGCACCAACAACAACUGCUACUGGAAGAAGUCCUCAAAUGGCUUGGUGGAGGUGCCUUACAUACUGAGCUCUGAUUUCUCUUCUUCUGACAAGACUGUCAUUGCCAAUGCCAUGGCCACCUUCCACAACAAAACCUGCAUUCGUUUCAUCUCCAGGACAAAUCAAAGUGACUACCUCAAUAUCCAAGGCAAAAAUGGAUGCUUUUCUAAUGUGGGCAAAGCCGGUGGUGCUCAGGUCGUCUCUCUCAGCAGAUUGGGCUGCAUGCAACACGGCAUCGUCCAGCACGAGCUCAACCAUGCGCUCGGUUUCUACCACGAGCAUGUUAGAAGCGACCGCGAUAAAUACAUUGCCAUUAACUGGGACAACGUCGACUCGGUGAUGAAGUCCAACUUUAACUUGAAGAACACCAACAACCUCAACACGCCGUACGACUACUCGUCUGUGAUGCACUAUGGAAGAACAGCUUUCUCCAUCAACGGUCUGGACACCAUCACCCCUAUUCCCAAUCCUAAUGUGAUGAUUGGACAGAGAAAUGAACUGUCCAACAUUGACAUCCUGAGGAUCAACACUCUCUACAGCUGCUGACCUUGUUCAGAACUUUUGUCUUGAUUUCACUUCUAUAAUGAGUACAGAGAUAUUACUGAUGAUGGUACAGGACACAGUGAGGAUUUCACUUGCUGUCCAAUGUGGA